UGCAGUAUUGUGAAGAAGAGUAAGUUUUGGUGACCAGUCACAGUCUGUGGUACUUCUGCACCAGUAAAUUUACCUGAGGACCACUAGUAGUUGUGGUCUCGACGAUAAAGGAAGCCGGCGGCUUCUCAAAGAAUUUGAAAGUGCAUAGUUCAAGACUAAAUUGAAACUAAUACUCCUAACAAAGAGGAUCGAAAAACCAGUGAUGAUUGCAUCACUGGGGAGAGGUAGCAGAUUUUUACACAGAUGUUUGCUAAACUCAAGAGUUAAACCCAAGACGAUGUCCACAUUGGGAAAGACUGACACCUGCGCUGAAGAAGGCACUGUUAUUGUUGAACGUCAUCCAGAAAUAACAAUGAUUGGCAUCAACAGACCAGAAAAAAGAAACUGUAUAAACUCUCCAACAGCAGCAGCUCUUCUAAAAGCCUUUCAAGAUUUUGACAACGAUGAUUCUUCAAAGGUUGCUGUGUUGUAUGGUGUGGGCGGUAAUUUUUGUGCUGGUUUUGACUUGAAGGAACUGAGCGAUUGCCCUCCUGUGGCACUUUCUGCUUAUGAUCGAGGACCUAUGGGCCCAUCACGAUAUGAGACCAAAAAACCUGUGAUUGCUGCUGUGGAAGGCUUUGCAGUAGCUGGUGGGCUUGAAUUAGCUUUAUGGUGCGACCUGAGAGUGGUGGAAGAAACAGCAGUAAUGGGAGUCUUCUGUAGAAGGUUUGGUGUUCCUUUAAUUGACGGUGGCACGGUUCGACUUCCAGCUAUUGUUGGUCUUGGACGUGCACUUGAUCUGAUUCUUACUGGCAGGGCGAUAAAAGGAAAAGAAGCAUUUGAGUGGGGACUUGCUAACCGAAUUGUUGCAUGUGGUACUGCUGUUGGACAAGCACUUAACCUGGCUCAAUCCCUGGUCAAGUAUCCACAGAAAUGUAUGCUGGCUGACCGAACCUCUGCCCUAAAUGCCACAUUUGCAGCGAAAUCUUUGCAAGAAGCUCUAAAAUUUGAACAUGAAAAUGGAAUAUCAGUAAUUAUGGAGGAAUCUGUUGAAGGAGCACAAAAAUUUGUUGAUGGAAUUGGUCGACAUGGAAAAUUUAAUUUGGAUUCUCAGAAGUCCAAGCUGUAGAAUGAAGACAUUGUGAAAUGACAUGUUUAUGUUGAUUAAUAAAGAUUUCAUAAUGCAUACAAUAAUUUUGAAUUUUGAUACUGUUUACACACUAAAAUUGUACAAAAUAAGCCGUUGUACUUUUUUGUAAAUACAGUACUUAAAUAAAU